CCUCCUGCUCAAACCACCACCCAUCACCCACAGUACCUCCCACAACGACGAAGACGACGAUGACGAUGCUCGCCCGCCUUGCUCGCACCCCUCUGCGCGCCCCGCUCGCUCGUAGGUUUGCGACUGCAGAACUCGAUCCUGUCCACCACGCCGGGGUGAAGAGCAAGUUUUUGGAGGAUCGUGAGGCUGUGAGACAUCAUGCGGAACAGACGACAAAGUUGUGGAGGAACAUCUCCUACCUCGUGUGUAUCCCUGCCAUCGUCGGUGGCUACUUCUGGGUCAUGCGCGUCGAAGGCGAGCACGAGGCUCACCAAGCCCACCUGAGGGAGGAGAACGGUGGCCACUUGCCCGAGAAGCCGCAUUAUGAGUAUUUGAACAUCCGGAGGAGGGCUUUCCCCUGGGGGAACAACUCGUUGUUCUUCAACCCUCACACCCAGAGGGAUAUGAACGUCAAGGAGUAAAGGAACAACUAAAUACGGAGGUGGAAAAGAAACUUACCCUAAACUUCAUUGUGCAUUACCCUCUUUUUUCAAUCCAAAGUCGUUAGACC